CGAGGAUCUUCAAGCAGCACGAGUCCAUCUUCGCCCGAACAUCAGGUCCUCGUGACGACCAGUGAUAAAGCCGGGCACACGAGGACGUCACAGGCGUCGCUACCCUUUCCCACAAGUAGUACUACAUCGCGCGGUGGUCCUGGUUCGAGCUCAGCGUCGUCGAAAAAUCCUUUCCUCGCAGCCUCUCGAGCGGAAAACGUGCUCCAUGGUACUAGGCGAGAGAGA